ACGUGAUUUCCCCAAUAGUGCGAAGUGCUUGCUUCUGGUCUUGACGGUUCCCAGCCACUGGGAAUGAAAGCGUCGCUGUUUCUGCACAGCCUGCAAAAACACGCGCUGGUUUUCAUCUCUUCUUACGCGGACACCACUGAAUUUGAACCGCAAAACAAAUCGACGCAAUUUGAACUUGGAAAAGGAGUCGCAGGAACCCGACUUGAAGCAAGGGACGUCAUCGCCAGGUUGACUUGUCAUCAUCGGAUGAGGCGGGCAUUUUAUUUUAGUUUGCUGUGGUUGGACUGAAGAAAGGAGCAGAAAAUGUCGAAGAUGAUUAUUUUAUUCGGGCUGUUUGCGGUGGCUGCGCAGUUCCAAGUUGUGAGGCCCGUGACCCACUCGUACAAGUAUUUUAAGACUGCGUAUUCUCCGACUCCAAACAAGGUCGACUAUUGGGCGGUUUAUUAUCUUGACGACGUUCAGAUCCUUCACUACCACAGCAAGAGCGGGACGCUUGAAGUCACACAGGAGUGGAUGAACAAAGUCAGACUCGACGAUCCUCACUUCUGGGAGAGCGUGAGAGACAGGGCUAAGCGUAACCAGGAGGCCAAUAAAGUCAAUUUGGCAAGGAUGAGAGAGCGCUUCAACCAUACUGGAGGUCUUCACAUGCGCCAGAAGAUAUCUGGCUGCGAUUGGGACGAAGAGGCUGACAAGGUUUACGGAUCAACUCACAUCAGUUACAACGGAGAAGACUACCUGACCUUUGACCUGCAGACGCUGACAUGGACCGCCGUCCAACCGCGAGCUUUCCCCACCAAACUGGCGUGGGAUCGAUCGGACGCCUAUCGUCAAUACAAGCAGUAUUACCACAUGGAGAUUUGUCCUUCUUUGCUGCAGAUGUUUUUGAGACAUGGGAGGGACUUUGUGAUGAGAACAGAGCUCCCGGUGAUGUCCCUGCUGCAGAAGACGCCGUCGUCUCCGAUCACCUGCCACGUGACGGGUUUCUACCCCUACAAAUCCGCCCUUUUCUGGAGGAAGGACGGCACGGAGCUCUACGAGGACGUGGAGAUGGGAGAGACCCUCCCCAACCACGACGGAACCUUCCAGAUGACGGCCCACCUGAAAGCGGAGCUGCAGGCCGACGCGGAGGACCGCUACGAAUGCGUCUUCCAGCUGUCCGGCGUCGAGGGCGACAUGGUGACCAAGCUGGACAGAAAACUCAUCCUGAGCAACGAGCGCGACCGAGAGGAAGAAGUCAGGAAGAUGACGCUGGCCGUGGCGGGCUCCGUCAUGCUCCUCGUUCUGCUGGCGUUGCUGCUUGUGGGGAUGGUCAAGCUUUACAAAAGCAGACAAGCCAAAUACACGGCAGCAUCCAUAGACGGCGAUUCCGAGCUCACUCCCCGGCCUCCUUCCGAGCCCGCUUCCGAACACGUUUCCAAGCCUGAGUCCGAACAUGUUUCCGAGCCCACUUCCCUCUGAGAUGCAGCCACCUUCACCUGGUGUUGGAAGACACCUGAGGUGUCUCCAUUCAAAGGCUUUCCUGUCAGACUUGGAUUUCAAAGCUGGGAAAAGAUCAGAGCUGUUCUUCAGAGAUGAUUUGCACACUGCUGUUAUUAUUAUUAUUUUUGCUGGCUUUGGUGUCUUGGAGAUUUGAUCGAGUUGUUUUCUUCUGUUUAUAUAUAAUUUAAUUUGUAAGAAAUCAGCAGUCUCAUCAUGAUAAGGAUCCGCCCCCCCAGGCUGAAAUGAAUUCCCAAAGUUACGCUUACUCGGCUGCUAUUUAGGCAGGGCGACUCGUCUUUGAGUCAAUGACAAAGAGAAGAGUCUCAAAAUAUCCAAAAGGCCAGCGUGACGCGGAAGAAAACUUCCAACGAAGAAGAGCCAGAAUUGCAAACGAUUCGACUCGCAAUCAGCUCGUGAGCGAUCAAAGUCGGUCUGAAGUUACCUGAGAGUCUUGUGACGGCAGAUGGCGGUGAGAAGUUUUUGCCAGUUUUUUCCACGAACACCUUUUCACCCUCAAACAUGCUGUUUUGCAAUAAACAUUUGACAUGUUUUUAAUCAAGAAAUCUUCAUCAUGGGCUCUUUUAGAUACUGGUAAGAAGUAAAGACGUGACAUUUAAAAUAAAGUCAUAUUGAUGCGCUUCCACGAGUAAAAUCAAGCAAUUUAUUUGUACAUGUUGAGACAUAAAAACAUCAUUUGUAUCACCUGAAUAAACAUUUCUUCCAGACGAGUAAUAGAAAUACAGGGAUUGAAUCAUCAGUAAAAAUCAACCUUCCCCUCCCCCAGUAACAUUUAUUUUUGUUCUCUUUAAUCGACAAACCCUUUUUUUUUUUUUUUGGUCAUUAAAAAAAUAUU